AUGGAAAAUUACCAAGCAAUUCCAAAAGUGAUUACUAUGUUUUUUGAUGGCUUUAUUGGAGUAAUAUUAAAACAUCAUCAUGAGUUGAGGCAAUAUAAAAGAAAAUAUUACAAUUUAAAAACAAAGAUUGAUGAUACAGAACAAGAUCCAAUGCAAUUAAUUAAAAUCACUACCUUUUUAUCAUCUAUCAUCAUAAAAAUGGCUUUUAGGAGAUCUAAGAUUUGGUUUACAAAUUUAUUUGCAAGUUUAUGCAGAAGACCCCAAUUCUUAGGAUCACUUCAGUUGAUAUUACGUUCACUUCAUGUAAUAUCACAUACUGAAGAUCAUGAACAUCAUUUGGAAAUAAAAAGAAUGGAAAAGGUUGAUCCUAAAUCUAGAAUUAUAAGUGGUCCUAAUAUUUGGCCAUUAGUUGUCAUAGAUAAUUUAGAUACAAAACAAAAAAACAUUCAAGCAUAA